AAGAUGUACCAGAGCCUGGCGCUGGCCCCGAGCCCCAGCCAGGCCGCCUACGCGGAUUCGGGGGCCUUUCUGCACACCCCGGGCGCCGGCUCCCCGGUGUUCGUGCCGCCGGCGCGCGUCCCCUCCAUGCUGCCCUACCUGCCGGCGUGUGAGCCGGGCCCGCGGGCUCCCGCGAUCGCGGGGCAUCCCGGUUGGGCGCAGGCAGCCGUGGCGGACUCGUCGGCGUUCGGCUCCGGCAGCUCGCACCCGCCGGCCGCUCCGCCGCCCGGGGCCACCGCCUUCCCCUUUGCGCACAGCACCCCAGGACCUGACGGCGGCGGCGGCGGCGGUGGCGGCGCAGGGGCCCGGGACGGCGGCGCCUUUCAGGGCGCGAUGCUGGCUCGCGAGCAGUACCCGGCCCCGCUCGGGCGGCCCGUGGGCUCCUCGUACCCCACCGCGUACCCGGCCUACGUGAGCACCGAGGUGGCCCCGUCUUGGACCUCUGGACCCUUGGACGGCAGCGUCCUGCACAGCCUACAGGGCCGCCCGGCUGGCCUCCCGGGCCACAGAGCCACCUUCGCGGCCGACCUCCUGGAGGAGUUCCCUGGCGAGGGGCGCGAGUGCGUCAACUGCGGGGCCCUGUCCACGCCGCUGUGGCGCCGGGACGGCACCGGCCACUACCUGUGCAACGCCUGCGGUCUCUACCACAAGAUGAACGGCGUCAACCGGCCCCUCACGCGGCCGCAGAAGCGCCUGUCCUCCUCACGCCGGGCCGGUCUCUGCUGCACCAACUGCCACACCACCAACACCACGCUCUGGCGGCGCAACGUGGACGGCGAACCGGUGUGCAACGCCUGUGGGCUCUACAUGAAGCUGCAUGGGGUACCGCGGCCCCUGGCUAUGAAGAAGGAAAGCAUCCAGACACGGAAACGGAAGCCGAAGAACAUCUCCAAGACCAAAGCCUCCUCAGGAUCCGCAGGGAACACCACAGCCUCCCCGCCGGCCUCUGUCCCUGACCUGGAGAUCUCAGCGGCCACUUUGAAACCUGAGCCCAGUCUGGCAUCCCCUUCGUGCCCCGGGCCCAGUGUCACCUCCCAGGCCUCCACGCAGGUGGACGACACCCUGGCCCCCAGCCACUUGGAGUUCAAAUUUGAGCCCGAGGACUUUGCCUUGCCUUCUGCAGCCUUGGGCCCCCAGGCCAGCCUCGGCGGGACCCUGCGCCAGGAGGCCUGGUGUGCGCUGGCCUUGGCCUAG